AUGUCCAAUAAUUAUCGAUGUCGCAAAUGCAGAUGUUGUUUAUUUUCUAAAGAAUCUACAAUUACAUGUCAUAAUGAAAAAUUAAUUAAUGUUAGUGAUGAUCAACAGAAUGAAUGUUAUGAUCGAUCAUCGAAUGUGAUAUUUGUGGAUGAUCGAAAAAUCAACGAACAAUGGAUUCAAGAACAAAUUGAUGUCGGUGAAUGGAUCAAAGGACGAUUGACUUGUCCAACCAACAAUUGUAAAGCUCGUGUUGGUUGUUACAAUUUUAUCAAUGCUGAAUUCUGUCAUUGUGGUAAAUAUCAAUUACCACCCAUACAGUUUAAUCGAAGCAAAGUGGAUGUCCCGUAA